UAUUCUGACAGAGUUGCCUGAACUCAGUACGAGACAAGCGAGAAGGGAGAAGGAUGCAGUAGUGUCAUGUGGAAAAUGAAGAAUGAAGAUGAGAAUCCAAUUAAGAAUUUGGCACCUGGUCAUCAUGUGGAUGUGUUUCGAACGAGCACUGCAAGUGUUUUCUGCUCAAGAUCCUUCUGCAGGUAAAGGUCCAGCUGGCUCGUCAGUUGUUGAUGCAAACCUGAUGUUCGAGUUUUUGCUGGGAGGCGUGGAACUCAACCAGGACAAUAACAUUGUCCUCCUUGAUGAGGAGAUGGCAUCAAUGAGGUCUGGGCGGGCCUUCCUCUCUCAGAUCAACGACAACAUACCCAGAAGUCUGAGUUCCAUGGAACAGAUGGUGGACAUGCUGAAGAGUCAGAAGAAGCAGCCGCUGACUCAGGAUCAGUUUGACACGCUGGUCUUGACCACGGUUCUCUCGGCACACCGGGCUGGUACCGGAAGACCCGAGGAACAAGAGGCCUGGGGUGAAGUGCUCCUGCAGCUCGCAAAUAUCACAGUGCACGAGCUACGUGGAAGUUAUCUCUUCAAUUAUAUGUAGAAAAAUAGCAAUGAUAAAUUGCAAUAAUAAACAAAUCAAUUUCAUGCAACAUUACAAUGAUCAUCUACCCAUUUUUACUACAAACACAUUUUCACAUUUAGAUUUACAGUGCCUGCCAAUACCAAAUGAAAUACAUUCAAAAUGGAAGACGAAAGCUCACGCAUGAUCCAAAACCUGAAAGAAUUGUAUUUACCGACAGCAGUCCAAUUUGAUUAGAAGUUAAGGCCCAGUGCUAAUGAGGUCACACUGCCCAACAUCUGCUCCCACCACCAAUGCCGCUAAUUAUGAGAAGAUAUCGACGGCCACUGGUCGGCUGCCUAAUUAAUUCUGAUAUUGAUCCAUGUAGCGACCAUGUCUUUUUGACAAUGACCCUCCGUAUGUCUUGGCCCUCAUUCACUGGCGACACAAUGGGCUCCAGCUGUGAGAUCAGCCACGCACGCACGCACACACGCACGCACGCACACACACACUUGACGUAUUAUCUACAAUGUUGCUCUCAGCAGCAUCCAUGGCUACAUUAACCAAUGAUUUCCCCUACUGUACUUAUAUCGGUACCAAUGAUGAGAGCCCAGUGUAAUUAUAUAUUGAUUAAAGCUAACAAUUGAUUUAAUCAUCUAACACCUCAUAUGUUGAUUCUCCCAUAUGGCUCGGUCAAUGAAAAUGCCUUUUUUUGCUUACUCAAGAGCUUCUAUCUUCUCCCCCAAAUCGUUCAGCCCUACUCAGAUGUCUGCGAAUGAUUAAAAAUGACAUAAAGAUUGGUUGUGUCUUGGCCUGUAAGGUGAAAUAAACCAAAGCAAUCAUGUGCAA